AUGCACCGAUCUGCCUCUGUCUGUGUGGCGCUCAUCCUCGUCUGUGGAUCAAUCAACGUGCUUCCCACCAAGCGCGUGGGGCAAAUUCUGGCUGUCGGGACAGUGCUGCAGGUGAGAGGCAGAGACCGACUGUGCAUGAGUGUUGCAGACCACUUCUCCAUACACGUGGACGGUGCUGCAGGGCAGAUUCUGGUGGCAUUCGUGUUCAUAAUCACGCUCCCUGCUGUCGCAGAGACCCAUCAGCCUGCCUCGUGGGUCUUCGGCCACUUUGAGGUGCAAUACAGCAUCACAGGCAUUCCCAACGGGGCAUACGCAGUGGUGGCUGGAGGUCCCCCCAUGUCUCAGUUCACCACUGUGUUCAUGCUCUGCGCGUUCGACGCUGCAGCGCACCCGUCAGAAGAGAAGCGGCAACACCAAACCACUCCUACUCUUCCCCUCCCUUCUCUUAUAUUGUUCCCAUCCCAGACAUACGCGGUGGUAGCAGGCCUCCUCAUGUCACAGUACGCGCUCUACACAAUCUAUGGAGCAACGCACACGACAGAAGAGGCCAAGUGGACCACUUCAUUUCUUCCCUCCCUUCCCCUUCGGUUGACCCCACUCUCAGGCAUACGCGGUGGUAGCAGGCCUCCUCAUGUCACUGCAUACGCGGUGGUAGCAGGCCUCCUCAUGUCACUGUACGCGCUCUACACAAUCUAUGGAGCAACGCACACGACAGAAGAGGCCAAGUGGACCACUUCAUUUCUUCCCUCCCUUCCCCUUCGGUUGACCCCACUCUCAGGCAUACGCGGUGGUAGCAGGCCUCCUCAUGUCACUGCAUAUGCGGUGGUAGCCGGCCUCCUCAUGUCGCAAUACGCGCUCUACGCAUUCGACGCAGCGGCGCACACGUCAGAAGAGGCGAAGCGGUCCGAUGUGACGACUCCCUUUGCAAUGAUCGCCGCCCUCUCGCUCAUCUGCUUUGUGCAAUGGGGUGUCAUCGUGGCACUGACAUUCUGCAUCCAGGUGGGUGCAGUGUGGUUCACAUGGGUGCGCAUGGUAGCAGCCCUCUCGCUCAUCUCCUUUGUGGAGUGGGGCGUCUGUCAUCAUGACUCUCACCUUCUGCAUCCAGGACCCUGGGAAUCUACCAUCAAAGGACACGGCGACAGGGGGGGACUUGGCAGAGCUGCCUGCCUUGCCCGCAUGCAUGCAUACUUGCAGGACCCAAAGAACCUGCUUUCACCGGACACGGUCACUGGUGGGGACGCUGCAGAGGUGCAGAUUCUCUGGGACGUGUUCUAUGGCAGAUUCGGCAACGGAACGGGUGCGUGUGUCUUCCUGGGUCUCUUCUUCAUCUCCUUCUUCUUUGCCACCAUCACUCUCAUCCUCGCUGCUGCUCGCGUGGGUUACGCCUUGUCUCGCGACCGCGGUCUCCCUCUCUCCUUCCUGUGGCGCCGAGUGAACUCCAGCAAGGUGCCAGUCAACGCCAUCGCGUGCACCAGCGCCAUCGCCAUUCUCUUCCUCGUGCCGCUGCUCGGAGGCUCCGUGGCCUACUUUGCUGUCACGGGCAUGGCGACGGUGGGGUGGUUCGGCGCGUACGGAGUGCCGGUCUUUUUUCGGAUCAUCCAGUCUGAUAAGGACUUUGCUCCGGGGCCUUUCUUUCUGGCCAACUACAUAGGGCACACAGGCGGCAAGUGCGUCCACGUCCUCGCUCUCACAUACGUCGUCUACACUAUGGUUGUCUUCGUUAUCCCAACUGAAUAUCCUGUAACGGCGGAGAAUUUCAACUAUGCUGCUGUGGGAAUUGUGGUCGUGGUAGCCAUGUUUCUUCUAUGGUGGUUUCUUGACGCUCACCGGUGGUUCAAAGGCCCCAAGAUUGCAAAGCAAGAGGACCAGGUGGAUGCAAAGCCGCAGGAGCAACAGGAGCAAUACCAGUUCUCGCUGACAAUAUCGACCCACUCAGAGCCUGCUGACGUGGCGAUUGAGAAGCCACGUGACGUGGGAGCUGACGUGGCAGCUGGCAUGGAAUCCGACUCGGACGGCGAGGUUGUAAGCAAGGAAGCCGCGAUCGGCGGCACGCUGGCGGCGGGAGCACUGAUAGUAAGCGUCGUCGCGUCACUGGCGCUUCUGGGGUAUUACUACAGGGACGAAAUCUCCGGUGCGAUUGAUUACUUUACAACGUACAUUGAAGGAGCGGGAUCCGGGGGAUACGUGACGUUCGUUCUAGGGUACUCGCUUCUCGAGGUUCUCGCGGUUCCGGCUAUUCCGCUGACGCUGUCCGCUGGUGUGCUGUUCGGCCCGGUCAUGGGCACGUUCCUCUGCAGCCUCUCUGGCACGGUUUCCGCCACAAUCGCGUUCCUGAUCGCGCGAUACGUGGCGCGCGAUCGCAUUCAAGAUAUGGUGCGAGGUAACAAGAAAUACGAAGCCAUCGACCGCGCAGUGGGGAACAACUCGUUCCGCAUCGUCACUCUGCUGCGCCUCAGCCCCCUCAUGCCGUUCUCCCUCGGGAACUACUUUUACGGGCUCACUUCCGUGAAGCUUCUCCCAUACAUCUUCGGAACGUGGAUUGGCAUGCUGCCAGGCACGUGGGCGUAUGUCAGCGCCGGAUCCUUUGGCCGCUCCCUUCUGGAGGCGGAGAGUGGGAGCUCAUUGCUGGGCGACUCGUCUCUCUAUUCGCUGCUGGGUGGGGUGGCCCUCACAGCCUUCGCGGCCACUUAUAUCACCAAAAUCGUGCAGGAUGCUGUGAAGGAAGCGGAGUAG